AUGGCCGCUCCGCUUGAAAGGCAGUUGAAAGCUGCGCAAAAAUUUUUGCGUGGUGUGCAGAGUUUGCCCACCUUUGGUGACAUCCAAAGGAAACAAGUGAAUGAGUUGCAGCGUUUCUUUCUGAAGGUCGACUAUUUGUCGACUGACGCAUCGGCUCGCUUAUUGGAGGUAUUGGAGCCACAACUGUGGAACCACCACACGGAUGAGUUGCGACAGAAGAUUGUGGAUCGGACUGGUAAGGAUGAUCCCAGUGCCAGGAAAUCGAAUCAAGACUACCUAGCAGCAGUCUGUUACUUGUCCGCUUCUUUAGUCGCAAAGCUGGAGCGGGAUCGGAACAGGAUACAGGUGCUGGAACUCUUAUGUCAGCAUUUGGUUCGGCUUGGCUUGCGGCAUCCCACCGAGAAAACAUGUGGCUUGAUUUUGGCCAUGUGUUUCGAUUGGCAUGGUGUGGCUUUCGAAGCGGACAAGUGGCAAUAUACGCAAUUGCAUAAGGGCACCAUUCAAAGAUUGGUGGAUCAACCGGAUCCGCCUGUGUAUUGCGAGGUUCUUCCCAUGGAGAUUUCUCAGUGUCCAGCGGAAUUAUUUUCCCUGGCUUUUCCAGAUGGGACAGAGCCCGUUGAGGUGGAUACUGCCGCGGAUCUCAUUUUGAGAGGACGCAAGUGGCCCAUGAGAAUCACUAAUCGCGUUGCUGCUCAAGGGCCUGCUGCUCAAGGGUCUGCGGCUAAAGCUGCCUCAAGCUCUGCCCCGGACUUUUUCGCAGUUGGCCAGAUGGUGGCGGGCAUAAUGUCUACGGGACAGCAUCCUGCAUCCUCUGUGACUCCAUCUAGUGUGGCGCAGAAGACGUCAUUGCCUCAGUUGGCUUUAGAAGAUGGAAGUGUGGACGACAAACCUGUGACACCUUCUGUCUCCUUGGAGACAGCCACUGAAGACAAGGUCUCUGCAGUGGCCGUUCCCUCGGGCGAGGAAAGGGUUGCAAAGACUCUGCUAGCCUUGAAAGCUGAGGUUGCCCCCGAGAAAAAAGAGACAGUGAAAGAAGAAAAAAUGAAACGUCCUGCUUCUAAGAAAGUUUUGAAGCGUCCUGCAGCUAAAGAUGGUCAAGUCGGGGAACGAAAGGUCAUGAAGCGUCCUAGCAGUUCAGCUCAACCAGAAGAGUCACAGCCUGCGACAACGCGUCGAGACAGGUUGCUCCUCAGCAAGAUUCCCCCGGAGUUGGAACAGUGGAAAGAUGGCUGUAGUAGAUGUUAUCAUCGAAGCUACUGCACUCCCAGCUGCUGGAAACGUCGGGGCUAUACCGUGUUUGGCUCAAACGCAGGGGGGGCCAACCAGAAGCUCAGUCCUGGUGGCGUGAGGUGCAUGGCUGCGGCUGCUGACGACGACUCCUACACGUACGAGACGGACGAAGAGGUGGUGGACGAGAAACCGUUGCCUCAUCCUGAUCCACGUGAAAGGGAUGCACAGGGCAAUCGGGUGGCUCGUUCCGCAGAGCCCAAGAGGUCCAGGGACACGCGCAGUCGUGAUCGUCGUGGCAGUGCCAAAGGAAAGCGUGCGGCGGUUUCCGAGCGUGAGCGCCGGGGCCGCUCACGGUCAAGGCACGAGAAGGAAGAGAAGAAGCGCAGGAAGGAGCGCUCCCCAACACGUAGAGGCAGGGAUCCUCCACCAGAACCUGACAGACCUCCAAAGCAGCCGGUGGAGCUCAGGGCCCGACCGCGCCCCGCGAAGUCCGUUGGGAGGCAGUGGGGCCAGUACGUCAAGUGUCCGCAUUGUUCCAAACAAUUGACGACACAGCAAAGUGGUCAAAAGCAACACAUGUACCUGAAUGUGACUUGCAUCCGGUACCAGAUGUGGAAUGCCUUACCGGAGAAACAACAGGACCAGGAACAUUGGGACGCCACACUGGCGCAGGCCCAGGCCCUACGAGCAAAGAGGGAGAUGCAGGACCAGCGGGAUGCGGAAGCCGAGGCUGCGGUAUCUAAGCGAUCCGAGCCCCGCAGACUGCCGGAGGUUGGCAAGCCCCGCAAAACCAAGACGGAUUUUCCAAAGCCUGUGCCUCUGGAGAGCCCGAGCCCAAGCGGCUCGGAUGCACCUCCCGCCGCGGAGCCGGCUAAGGCCAGCAAAGGAAAGAAGAAGAAAAGUAGCUCCUCCGGGCGCCAGACAAAGUUGGAAGCCUUUCGCUCCGCAUUGCAAGCAGCAUCGUCCAGUCCAGAAUCGCACUGGUCAUCUUGGAAGUCUUGUUGGGAAACUGUUAGCGACUCCCUGGAUCAAGCGGAGGCGCGCGCCUACGCGGCCGGAGACAUUGAGGCAGCCACUUCUGUCUUGCGCCUCAAUAAGCUGAUUCAGUGGUGGCUCAAAGAAGACUGGGAUCAGCUCGGCCAAGCAGAUGGUCAGACCAUUGGGUGCGUCUUGUUGGACUGGACAGAUCAGUGGGACAAAUUCAAGGUCGUGCUGAACGGGUACCACGUAGAGAUCUUUCAGCAGUCCAUUGCUGAUCUGGUCGAGCUGCAGCAGUGCACCGACCUCUUGCCCGAGGCCACGUGGGCUCAAGUGGCCCAGGAGCAAGUGGCGCAUCUUGUCGCUGAUGUCUCUGAGCUGCUGCAGCGUACCCGAGCUGCUCGACUUGUGCUGUCUGCGAUGGCUGACGCUUCUGAGACGCGUCCGAAGUGCACUCUCUGCAAUCUGCGCUACGAGCCAGAUCAGGGGAGAGUGCAUGGACGCAAGUUUCAGUGCGUGCCUUGUGCCUCUGCUGAUCGCCUCUUACGCAGAGGUCUCGGAGACAAGUCAGAACUCCAAAGUCUUCCGGUCCCGGAGCAGCAUGCAUUCUUUUGCAAGCUGCACGAGGAACGGAAGGCAAAUCCAGAUAGCCGCAUGAACUGGCAAACGGUUCGUGCUCAGUUGAUAUCCACUCUGACUACGCGUCAGUUGCAAGAGACGUCAACGACCAUCAACGAGGAAUUUUUACCUCUGAGCGUGUGGAUCACACGGGGGUGGGAGAAGGAAGUCGUUGAGAGAAACACCUCGGAGUGGAAUGAAGGACUCAACUGUUGGACAUACCAGAUUCCAGUCAAGACGAAGACAUGGAAGGAAGCUUACCAGGAAGUCGAAGAAAGGGUGCUUCGUCAGGAGCGAGAUGCGACUUUGAAGCGUGGUGGCAAAACAGGGAGCCAAGCAGAGGACGGAGGUGUGGCGGGGGAGCUGGACGUACCGAAAGCAAAUGCGGAAGCCAAGGGCCAACCGUCUGCGAGCGCUGAGAAGAAAGCAGCCCGGGCGGAGGCUGCCGCGCAGCGCAAAGCAGCGGGGACCAACCAGAAGCUGCAGAUCCUCGCGGCGCGAGCUGUCGCACCUCUGGCGCAGGAUUUGCAGUCAGUGCAAAAGAUGCGCCACCGAGUGACGGUGGAUUUGCCGGAGGGUGUCGAACGUGCUUACACUGACUCAGUCCAGAAGCUUCAGACGUGGAACACUGCAGCGAAGACAGCUUUGGCUCGAUGGGAUGAGGCAAAGGUACAGUCCGGGGAGACAACCUUGACGCCUUUGCCGUUUGACCCGGUCGAGCUCAAAUGCUUGCAUAAGACGGUCGCUGAAGCACAGAGCUCCUUGAAGGCUUUGUUGCCCGCGCCGAAGGCGAAGGCCGGUGCCCAGAAGCGGCAGCACGAAGGUGCCGGUGCCAAUGCUGGGACGUCGGCAGCUGAGCCUGCGAAGCAACUGCGUCGACGCAUAAAGUCGUCCUGA